UCUUCCUCUUCUCUGGCCAGCCUGCCUCACCCCGUCCUCCGAUCCGAUCCGCCAUGGCCAGCAGCGACCUAACCGAGCUGGAGAGGGCUAUCGAGAAAGUCGUGGACAUCUUUUUCCAGUGUGCUUCCCGUGAAGGCAACAAGGACACCCUCACCAUCAGCGAGUUUAAAGAGCUGGUCACCCUCCAGCUGCCCAACCUUAUGAAGAACGUCGGGAACCUGGAGGAGAAAAUGAAAAGCUUGGAUGUCAACAACGACCAGGAGCUGAAGUUUGGAGAAUACUGGCGGCUGAUUGGCGAGCUGGCCAAGGGGAUCAAGAGAGAGAAAGUGGGGAAGAAGAAGUGAUGGGGAGGGCGGAUUGGUGCAUCAAGGAGGAACGAAGACAGGACCACGAAACACACACACACACCUCGGUCGCGUGUCAGUCGGGGAGGGGGGGAAAGACGUCAGGACAUCGAGGGUCACUGGCCUCUCGCAGCUUUCUAAAAUUCAAAUAAAUAAAAAAAAA